AUUGUUCUUACCCUGUCCUUUCUUCUGCCACAUUUUCUUCCCUUACCCAAAGGAAGACUCAGAAAAACCUAAAAAUGAGGAAGUGAAUUUCCUAAAACCCGGGUCAAGAAGAACUGACAUCCCAAAUUCUUGGCAGGACAUGUGAUGCCCAAUAGCCCUCUUAUCAGGUAUUGGCCCUUAGGGCCCUUUCUCUUUCCUGUCUCAGGAACUCGAACAUGACCAGGAAGAUCUUCACAAAUAGCAGGGAGCGGUGGAGACAGCAGAAUGUCAACAGCGCCUUUGCCAAGCUGAGGAAGCUCAUUCCCACUCACCCUCCGGACAAAAAGCUGAGCAAAAAUGAAACCCUUCGCCUGGCAAUGAGGUAUAUCAACUUCUUGGUCAAGGUCUUGGGGGAGCAAACCCUGCAGCAAACGGGAGUGACCGCUCAGGGAAACAUUCUGGGACUCUUUCCCCAAGGAUCCCACCUGCCGGACAGGACUCUGCUCGGUGACUACCAGGUUCCUUCACUUGACCCAAGCCACCACAUUGCAUAGUGGAGCUCUGGCUGUCAUCACCCAGCGGGGCACUUGCUCAGAAGCCACUGGC